GACUACCGGAAGGUUCAACGAGUGGUCCAAUUCACAUCAUUAACAAUUGUCUAGAAGAUGCAAGAGAAUACAAAAAACUCAUAUGGAUCCUUACACACGACAUUUCUAAAGCAUUUGACUCAAUUAAUCACUCAUUACUCCAACUAGCCCUCAAACGUAUUAAUAUGUCAGAUAAUCUAAUUAUAUUGAUAAUGAACCUGUAUACACAAAAUACAACAAAUGUAAUUACCUUUUAUGGAAAAACAGAUAAAUUUGUCCAAUCAAUUGGCAUCCCACAAGGAGAUGCUCUCUCUCCACUCCUAUGGUGA